GUUUUGCAGGGGUGUGCGUGAAAAUGGUGCCUUCGCCUUAAAUCGCGAGGCCGCCUCGGAAAGAGUGUCAGUAUAAAAUGUGAAUUGAAGCCGAGAUGAUCUUCCAGAAAGUGAGCCAUUUCCCAAAUUUGAGAAGCCCCGUGUGGGGCCGGAGUCCCAGUGUUCGGCUGAAAAAGUGAAUUGCAUUCGUGUGCCCAGGUGCGCCCCUGUGCUGGUGGAGCAUAAAAGGAGCACCGGCUGUGUGAAAAAGUGCCCAAAAAGUGACCGUUAAAACGAGGCAGCACAAUGAAAGUCUUCCGUGACCUAGAGAAAAGUUCACUUUUCGUCAAUUAUUCAUUGAAUUUCUAAAAUCUGGAGCUGUCGCACUUCAAGAAAGAUUCAUCUCUGGUCAGCUAAAGAGGAAGGAACCAUCAUCAAAAACACAAAAGAUGACUUCACGACUCGAUCGUUUGUUUAUCCUGUUGGAAUCGGGAUCAUCAGCUGUUACCCGGAGGACGGCUGCAAAGCAAAUUGGGGAGGUGCAACGGUUGCAUCCGCAUGAGUUGCAUAAUCUCCUCAAUAGGGUGAUUGUUUACAUGAAUAACACAUCGUGGGAUACGAGAAUUGCAGCUGCACAGACCGUUGAGGCGAUCCUCAACAAUGUGCCGCAAUUUCAUCCCAUUCCCGGGACGGUGGAGGAUGUGAAGGUCAAUGGGGGGCAGCUGCAGUUUGCCACGUUUGACUUGGUGAACAUUCUCCUGAGUAGUGGACGCCUAAUGGGUUCGGAGGGGAAUGAAUUCGACUAUCAGGAUGAUAGUGAGAGGAAUAGCAAGGAGCGCCUUAUGAUGCAACGUGAGAUUAUCCGGGAGAAGCUGGGGUUUGCCAAAGGUGAUCAAUUUGGUAUUGCCCUGGAGGAAUUGGUGACGCUCGAUGAUGUGCGUUUGGAGGCAGCAGGACCGAGUGAGUCAAAAGCAAGACUGAUGCCUGUGGAGGAUGUUCUAAGUGGGAGUAGUGGCAGUGGAGCUGGUGGGAAUAAUGCCACAUCUAGUCUCAGUUGUCGCGAGAAGAAUCGUGCAAAGCGCAAGGCUAGGCAGAGUUUUCUUGCUGGAACGUAUGGUCGUAGUAAUUCGACAAAUGGUGGAGGAUCCUUGGAUUCGUCAUCGGGAGAACCACCGGAAAAGAAGAAGGCAAAAGAGAGUGCAGCUGAAAGUCCAAUAGUGUACAGCUAUGGUCCCGUUCCGGAUGCAACGGGUUCAUGGGGAGAUGCAACAGCAUGGCCCUUUGAGGCAUUUUGCCACAAACUCUACACUGAUCUCUUCAAUCCACGCUGGGAGACACGUCAUGGUGCCGCUACAGCCCUGCGGGAGCUCUUCAAGGCACACUCUGAGAAUGCCGGGAAGGUAUCCGGGAUGAGUCCGCAGGCAAUGCUCGAGGCACACAAUCGUUGGCUCGAGGACGCCGUUUUGCGCCUUCUCUGUGUCCUGGCUCUCGAUAGAUUUGGGGAUUUUGUUUCGGAUCAAGUGAUUGCUCCAGUUAGGGAGACCUGUGCUCAAGUUCUGGGUACGCUGCUGAAGCAAAUCCCGCAGGAAAGGAUCCAAUCCACCGUGGAUAUCCUUGUGCGGAUGAUGAAGCAUGAGGAAUGGGAAGUGAGACAUGGUGGACUUCUUGGAAUUAAGUAUUUGCUCGUUGUGCGUGAAGAUUUGCUGCAGGACAUUCUUCCGGCUCUCAUAAAUGACAUCCUCAUGGGUUUAUUUGAUCAGGAGGAUGAUGUGGGUGCUGUGGCAGCUGCUACCCUCAUCCCAAUUGCUUCGUGGUUACCUAAACUCCUCAAACCGAUGGAAGUGUCGCGAAUUGUUAAAAUGCUCUGGGAUCUACUUCUGGAUCAAGAUGAACUUACAAGUGCCAGUAAUAGCUUCAUGGGACUCCUAGCAGCAAUACUGAGUCUUCCCAAUGCUUCCAGUUGGAUACAAAUGGAGUCAAUGUCUGUCCUUGUGCCGCGUUUGUGGCCUUUUCUUAGUCACAGCUCCAGUUCUGUGCGUCGUUCGACGCUUCUCACCCUCAAGACUCUCACUCAAGUUGUCCCAAAUGCAGGAAAAUCUGUUGGGAUGAUGAAGAAUGAGAAAGGAGAUGCCACUAAGAUGGAAUUGAAUUUAAAUAUCGGCGUGAAGUAUUGGGAUUGGAAUUUACUGCAGGAAGCUCUGAGGCAUAUUUAUCAGAGAGUUUUGAUUGAGCACGUGGAGGAUGUGCAGAGUUUAGCGGAGAAAGUUUGGGAGAAUUUGGUGGUGAAUGCGGAUUUGUCGGCGCUCCUGCAUGCAACGUGUCCCUUUGUUGCGUCUUGGUUGUGCUUAGCCAUGCAACCGUCGCGGCUGGCUUUUGAUCCGGGGAGUUUGAUUCAUGUGAAGAUGCAGAGUGGUCGUGAGAAGCGUGGAAAUCGUGGGAGUUUGAUGGAUCCAUCGGAGUCAACGUUGAAUUUGCAGCAGAAGGUCUACUUGGGUGGUACGGAGACUGUACCGCAGGAUGUGAGAGAGAAGAAUGUUGAUCGAGCAAGGUACAAAGCGUGCAGGAUGCUGGGGCUUCUGUCGAAAUUCCUCGUUCUCCCAGCUCCGGGAAUAACGUACACGGAAGACAUGGAGAGCCCCGUGACGUGCUACUCAAAAGUCCUUUUGGGACAUUUAACAUCCCGUUCUGCGUUGCAGAGAUCAAUUAGUGCCAUGGUUAUUAGUUUUUGGGCCCUGGAGGAUGUGCAAAUCCGCCCGGGGCCGGAGAUGGUGCGUGAAAAGCUCAAAGCAUGCCUCAAUGAAUGCAUCUACUACGAUGAAGUUGGAAUACUCUUUACGCGUCUCCUGCAGGAUUCACGUGACUUCCUUGCUACACUUAAGCAAUACAAAGUGCCAGUUGUUGAAUACGAUGGACUCAAAGUACUCACACUCGAACAAAUUCACGCCCUUGCGACGACACUCACGGAGAAUUUGCAGCAGAAUCGCGGGCUGAAGCCGAAAGUUGCGGAAAUGCUGGAGAAUCGACGGAAGGCUCUGCAGGCGUCUUGCGUGCAAACGAGCACUGAACAAAAUACUUUCAAUCUAACGACUCAGGCUGCCUUGGCGGGAGCUGUGGUGUGUCUGAAUUGUCUCCCGGAGAGGUUGAAUCCGGUGAUAAAGCCCCUUAUGGAGUCGCUGAAGCGUGAAGAGGUGGAGAUAAUGCAGCAACUUUCAGCGCAGUACCUCGUACGUUUGUUGGAUGAGAUUAUCACACGGAAUCCCUGCCCGAAUAAUAAGAUUAUUACCAAUUUGGGAGCACUACUCAAGACUGAUGCGGAUUUUACGCCGAAAAUUGCAAUCCCUCCGGAAGCGUAUGAGAAGAAUAAAUGCGCCGAUGGGUAUAUGGGGAUCUUGACGCUGUCUAAUCAAGAGAAGGCGCUCACCGUGCAGAAUGGCCAGGCACCACGAGGCCCAGGGAGACCACCAGCUGUGUCAGAGGUUACGCUGGAGGAGAUGCGUGAAGCUGAAGAUCCGCAGAAGAAAGUCAAUCGUAUCCAGAGGAUUGGAGCAACAUUUGCCAUUGUGGAGAUCUGUCGGUACUUCGGGGUGGAGCUUAAGGGGAAAAUUCCGCGAAUUUGGGAAUUAAUGACGGACUUUAUGAGGGAUAAAUUGACCAAAGAUGUGUCCAAGAUGUGGCUAACGGUGCGAUUGACGGAGGAAUUGAUGGGGGAACUAAUGACGUCCCUGCAGGUGAUUGAAGUGGCUUUCCCGCAUCUCCACGCCACACUUCAGGACGAAUUGUUUGAUCUUCUUCUGCCAAAGAUGUCUCUCCUCAUUGGGCACCCCCUGAAGGCCAUUAGGCACAUGGUGGCACGCUGUUUGGCCACAUUUGCCUCCGUGAAUUCAGCCAAAGUUAUGGGUUUGCUCAUGGAGACGGUGAUUCCACUUCUCAAUGCCAUAGAGAGUGUAAUUGAUCGCCAAGGAGCAAUUGAGGUGAUUGUGAACAUUGUGAACAAGCUACAGUUCCAAAUUGUUCCCUACGUGGUCCUCCUUGUUGUCCCACUUCUGGGACGGAUGAGUGAUCCCGAUCAAUCUGUUCGUCUCAUCUCAACGCAUUGCUUUGCCACCCUCAUCCAACUAAUGCCACUCGAUGGCUCAACGCCUGAUCUCCCAACACUCAGCGCGGAGCUCAGGGAGAGGAAGAUGCGUGACAAGGAAUUCCUUGAGUAUCUCUUCACACCCAAAACAAUCCCAGACUACCGUGUUCCGCCUGAAGUCAAAGCUGAACUACGAAGCUAUCAGCAAGCUGGUGUCAAUUGGCUGUGGUUCCUGAACAAAUACAAACUCCAUGGGAUCCUGUGCGAUGACAUGGGCCUGGGGAAGACACUCCAGACCAUUUGUAUCCUUGCUGGGGAUCACAAACAGCGAGCAAUUGAUAAACUCCCCGCAAUCCCAUCAAUUGUGAUCUGCCCACCAACACUUACGGGGCAUUGGGUGUAUGAAUUCAGCAAAUUCCUCCCGAAUAAGAUCCUCAAGCCCCUGCACUAUGUUGGCCUGCCCGUUGAUAGGGAGCGGUUGAGACUCAAGAUGAGCAGUCACAAUCUUGUGGUGGCUUCGUAUGAUAUUGUCCGGAAGGAUAUUGAUUUCUUCGGGAAGAUCAAUUGGAAUUACUGCGUACUGGAUGAGGGGCAUGUCAUCAAGAAUGGCAAGACUAAGUGCUCAAAAGCCAUUAAGCAGCUUGUUGCUAAUCACAGACUGAUUCUCUCGGGAACACCAAUACAGAACAAUGUCCUGGAAUUGUGGUCUCUCUUUGAUUUCCUCAUGCCGGGUUUUCUUGGUACGGAAAAACAAUUCGUUGCACGUUUUUCACGACCAAUUCUUGCGAGUCGCGAUGCAAAGAGUUCCCCGAAGGAGCAGGAAGCCGGUGCUCUUGCCAUGGAAGCCCUCCAUCGGCAAGUUUUGCCCUUCCUGCUGCGUCGCAUUAAGGAAGACGUUCUCACGGAUUUGCCGCCGAAGAUCACGCAGGAUUUACUGUGCGAACUAAGUCCACUGCAGGAGAGGCUGUACGAGGACUUUAGUAAGACGCACUUUAAUGCUGAACUGCAGGAUUGCAUUGAUGGUAUUAGUGCUGAAGGUGCACAGAAGCGUCCGCAUGUCUUCCAGGCACUACGCUACCUGCAGAAUGUCUGCAAUCAUCCGAAGCUUGUUCUCAAUGCUAAUCAUCCGGAAUUCGGGAAGAUUCAAAUGGAACUGGCCAAGAGCAAUGGGACCCUCAAUGAUAUUGAGCAUUCGGCUAAACUUCCAGCGCUAAAACAACUCCUUAUUGACUGCGGUAUUGGGAAUUGGGAUGUAUCCAUUAAUCAGCAUCGUGCUCUGAUCUUCUGCCAAUCAAAGGCAAUGUUGGACAUUGUGGAGAAUGAUCUGUUGAAGAAACAUCUUCCAGCUGUAUCGUAUUUGCGUCUUGAUGGGACAGUUCCGGCUGGGAGUCGUCAUGAGAUUGUGACAAAGUUCAAUAGUGAUCCGAGUAUUGAUGUUCUCCUCCUGACAACACUCGUGGGUGGAUUGGGGCUAAAUCUCACAGGAGCCGACACGGUGAUCUUUGUUGAGCACGAUUGGAACCCAAUGAAGGAUCUUCAGGCAAUGGAUCGGGCACAUCGUAUUGGGCAGCGGAAGGUUGUGAAUGUGUAUCGAUUGAUAACGCGCAAGAGUUUGGAGGAGAAGAUCAUGUGCCUGCAGAAGUUCAAGCUUCUCACGGCAAAUACGGUGGUUAGCAAUGAGAAUGCGAGUAUGGAGACCAUGGGGACGGAUCAGCUGUUGGAUUUGUUCAAAUUAACCGAUCAGAAAGCCCCCGCAGCCGACAGGAAGACUUCCGGGGAUCGUGUGUCAAUGAAGACAGUCCUCGAGACACUUCCGGAACUGUGGGAGGAUCGUGAGUACGAGGAGGAGUAUGAUCUAACACAAUUCCUCGAGAGGUUGAAGAAAUGAGAGUUGUGACCAUUUUCAUUGAUUAAGAAAACUUCCAUUUGUCUUUUAUAUCCUACAAAUUUAAUAUGUGUGUGUAUUUGCGUUAAAAAAAAACUCCAAAAAUAUGCGGAGUAGUUUUGUAGUUUGAUGAAUCAAUUUUUUUGUAGAAUUUUGAGUUUUUUUUCCUUUUAGAGACAAUUGACACGUCAUUUGUCCUUAUUAAUGAAAAGAAGAAAAUAAAAAAAGAAAUACAAAAGUAAA